AUGUCGGCAAGGACAGGCAUUAUGGAGAUGCCCGAUGCGCGUGAACACCUCGAGAAGCUCGACGAGGCGAUGAAAAGACUUCACAAGGCGUCCCAGGUGUAUGUGGCUAAGAGAAGGGAGUUCAGUCAGGUGCGGUGCGACCUCUCGAUCAUGGCCAGACAUCUGAAACUCCUCUACCGAUUCUUCAAUGAAGAUGGCGCGAAGGGGGAAGACGUGGUCGAGAGACUUCACAAGCUGAACCUGCUGGGGCUUGAGAUGCUCCAGCUCCACGUCGAGGUGGACAAGGAGAUGGCACCGUGGACCAAGUGCGAGGAUCCGAAGGUCAUUGGCGAGUGGUUUACACUCAUACGGAACACCAUGGCCAGGUAUAGCAUUGUCGAUGACGACGUCUACAACUUUAACGAGACGGGGUUUAUAAUGGGCAUUAUCUUCACGGGCAUCAAGUUACAACCUCGGACGGCCUUAGCAAGGCUUAGAUUGGAUAUCAAGCACUUCGAUUACCAUACAGCGCCCCGGGCAAAGGGCAAGUACGGGUUGUUGAUUAUCGACAGCCACGAGAGUCACCACUCAACCGAAUUCGAGCACUACUGCCGACAAAACAACAUCAUUACGCUCUGGAUACCUCUACAUUCUUCGCACUACCUCCAGCCACUCGAUGUUGGCUGCUUUUGGCCACUGAAGCAGGCGUACGGUCGCCAGAUCGAGCACUUGAUACGCAUGUAUAUCAACCAUGUGAGCAAGCUCGAGUUCCUCUAUGCCUUCCCCGAGGCCUUCUUUACCUCCAUGAUGAAAGAAUAUACCAGAUGGCUUUACAGGUGCUAG